AUGAGUCCCAGACCUAGUCCCCAAGAUCCGCCGCAACAGCGAACGGUCUUGACGUCUCCUGUCACAUCCGCGUUUGCCGGCGGUUUGAACGCGGGCCCAGAUGCACGCUUUAACGCCAAUUCUUAUAGUAGUGGUGCUGCGGCCGGUCCGUCUUGGAGCGCUCCCAGGCGCGCCGACAGGGUGGGAAAAGGCGCCAAAGGCGGGCCGGAGAAUGCGCUGCACGGCUUCCGCGGAGUGCGGCAGCGCAGUUGGGGGAAAUGGGUGGCGGAGAUCCGCGCGCCGCGCAGCAAGAAGCGCGUCUGGCUGGGUUCGUUCGCGGACGCGCGGACCGCUGCGCUGACGUACGACCGCGCAGCGCGGAAGCUGUACGGUGUGCGCGCGCAGCUUAACUUCCUUGACGAGGGUGCAGUUUCCGCGCCCACCAGCAGCCAUUCUUUCGGCUCAAGCUUGCGCGGCGCCGACGCCCGCAGCGGGUUAAUCAGCAGCGGAAGCGGCAGCGGCGGGAGUGCGAGCGACAGCGAAGGCGGCGCUUUCGCAGGCGUGCUCACCGGCGGCGCCGGAGGCGGCGGGAGAACGAGCCGCUCCGUCGAAACGCCCGCGCAUGUACCGCGCUGCGCGUCGAGCGACGACGCGACGCCUCCGUCGCUGGCGAGGUUCGCGUUACCCGGCGGCGCGCCGUUUCUAACGCGCGACUCCAACCCAGCGGAGAGCGCCGUUAGUGCCGCCAUGACGCCGGGCUCCCGAACCGCGUCGCUCAACGUAGGAUCUCUUGCCGCAGCGCGAUGUGACUACAUCGGUGGCCUGCCUCUGCCAAGCAUGACGUUCCAAGAUAUCUUCAACCGCUCGUGUCCGCCGCUUUCCGCCCCCGCCGCCACGUCGACCUCCGUAUCCGCGCUCGGCGCGCGCGCCCCUCCGGCGGAGAAGCGCGGCAUGUGGCAGGGGGCGGUUGAGAAGCGGGGGAUGUGGCAGGGGGCGGUUGAGAAGCAGGGCAUGUGGCAGGGGCCGGUUGAGUCGUUCCGCGCGCCCGCGGCGAGCAGCGCGGGGCGCGUCGACCCGUCGGCGGAGAGCGGGAAAGCUGUUAGCAGCAGGGAACUGGCGCGCGGGAUGCAGCAGCAGGCGGAGGAGUCGGUGGCGUGCUCUGGCUGGAGCCAUGGCGGUGGCGUUGCUACGCACAGCAUUGUGAAUUGGAAUCAAAAGAACCAGGAUCGUGACUCGAGUCAGGGCUUUUUCGCUGUAGCGGGAAACGAGGGGGCGAACACGCAUUUUCCCCCGUGCCCCGCUGUUUUGCCCGCCCAGCUGAGUCAGCAACCAGCACUGGCGGUGCAUGGGGGGCUUGUUCCGUACGGCAGCAGUUUUGCAAGCCCUCCAGUCAUGUCAGUGGUCAGCACUGACGCACCCGGGGGCAUGCCAGAGUUUUAUAGGUCGACUCAAAGAAUUACUCAGCAACCGGCGCUGGCGGUGCGUGGGGGGCUUGUUCCGUACGGCAGCAUUUUUUCGAGCCGCCCUGUCAUGCCCGUGGGAGGUACAGAAGCAUUCGGCAUGUCAGUGCCGUGGGGGUGUGGCACUCCAGUCCCAUGGGUGCAGGAGAGAACGAUGGUGCAGCAGGGGGCGAUGGCUCAAGAGGGGGUGAUGGUGCAGGAUGGGGCGAUGGUGCAGGCGCUGAGGGAGAGCAGGGCGCAGCUGGUGCGGGAGCAGAUGGGCGGCAGUGGUGGCGCUGUGACUGCUGAGAACGCUUGGAAUGCUGGGAAUGCUUGGACUGCUGGCAGUGCUGGUGCCGGGGUGCAGCAGGGGGCGAUGGUGCAGGCGCUGAGGGAGAGCAGGGCGCAGCUGGUGCGCGAGCAGAUGGACAGCAUUGGUGUGGAGCAUGGUGUGCUGGAUGCAGCAGCCAUCGAGCGCAUGCUGCAGCUCUCAGAAGCCCUUCUCGGCCCAGCGGACCCCCCUCCUCAUGGCCCUCACAUCCCCCAUGGACACAGGGACCCUCAUCCGCAUGGUGCCAAUGCCCCUCGUGGCCCUGUGGUCACUCACGCCUCUGAUGCCGCUGCAUUGAAGGAAGCCAGUGCACUGCUGGCAUACGGUGAUUACCAGUGUCUGACCACCGGACUGCCUGAUGCCAUACCCAGCUGCGAGCCUUCUGCCGUGCCGCGCUCCCUGCAUGUCUCUCUGCCUGGCUCUGUGCCACACGCUGCUGCUGCUGUUGCUGCUUGUGAGCCUGCGUGCGGGCUUGCUGACCUGGUACCACCUGUGUCCCCCUCACCCUUGUGCAUGGGAGGGGAGCUGACAGUGCCUGGCAGCCAUUGCAUGCUGCCACCUGCAGUGUGCAUGGCACCAUGUGAGCCGGCAUCGAGUGCUGUGAAUGCUCUCACCAUUGACGUUGCCCAGGAUGACCAGCCGCCGUGCUUUGAGGAACUGCUGUCCCCCAUGUCUAGGCUCUGGUAG